AUGUCUGUGAUCGACAUGACAACCUCGGUAGUAUGGCCGGCCUUGUACGUCUUGCUCGGUGUAGUAUUGAUCAAAGUAUUCUACGAUUUGAGUCGAAAGAGGAAUAGCCUGCCCCUACCACCAGGACCCAAAGGACUGCCACUUCUUGGAAAUCUGACAGAUCUACCCACUGGUGAUGUACCAGAAUUCCAGCAUUGGCUCAAGCAUAAAGAUGCAUAUGGACCCAUCAGCUCUGUUACUGUCUUGGGACAGACCAUGAUUCUUAUUCACGACGCAAAGAUCGCUCACGAGCUGCUUGUCGAACGUGCGAACAUACACUCAGGCAGACCCAAGCUGAAGUUCGGCUUUGACUUGGUUGGAUGGAACAAGCCCAUGGCUGGACAGCAAUGCGACUCGAUCUUCAAACUAUACCGAAAGUAUACGCAUCAACAGUUGGGCUCAAAGGCAUCGGUCGCGAGAUAUAACCAAGUCCAAGAAACUGCUGUCGGUCGCUUCUUGUGGCGUGUCAAGCAAGACAAUGGAACAGCUCUGACUCAACAUCUCAAGACUGAAGCCGGCGAACUGAUCCUCAAAGUCGUCUAUGACUACACCAUCGAGCCUUUCGAGAGCGAUACUCUUGUCGAUUUGGUUGAUCAGGCCAUGGAGCAGUUCAGCGAGGCAACUAUCCCAGGCCGAUGGAUGGUGGACAUCUUCCCCUUUUUAGAGCACAUCCCUAGCUGGGUACCCGGAACUGGAUUUCAAAAGACUGCGGCGGCAUGGAACAAGACUCUCAUGGCUGUAGCCGAUAUUCCUUACGCCUACGCCAAGCAGCAAGGCAAAAACAAGCAAACCAGCCACGCAGACUUUGUCACGAAAUCAAUCGAACAAGCACAGCAAGAGAAGAUGCUCGAUGCAACUGACGAACACGCGAUCAAAUGGGCAGCAGCAUCCAUGUAUUUAGGUGGUGCCGACACCUCCGUCUCAACCAUGAACGCCUUUUUCCUCGCCAUGAGCAUGUUCCCCGAAGUCCAACGCAAAGCUCAAGAGGAACUCGAUCGCCUGAUUGGGAACACUCGCCUCCCCACCCACGCUGACCGCGAUAAUCUCCCCUACCUCAACGCCAUUGUCGAAGAAGCACAGCGCUGGCAUCCUAUAGCUCCCAUGGGACUACCCCACGCCACAGACAGAGAAGACUCCAUAAACGGCUACCGCAUUCCCAAAGGUUCCCUCCUACUACCGGCAAUCUGGUGGUUCACCCGCGAUCCUGCCAUCUACCACGACCCCGAGUCUUUCAAACCCGAACGUUUCUUAUCUCCCUUGAACGAGCCGGCAGCGACCUCUUUUACCUUUGGCUUCGGGCGUAGAAUUUGUCCUGGUCGGGUUUUGGCCGAUGCAUCUCUGUUCCUUGCUUUUGCACAGAGUCUUGCUGUGUUCAACAUCAGCAAGCAAGUUGAUGAGCAAGGCAAGGUUGUUGAGCCAACACAUGAGUUCAUGGGUGGUAUUGUUGCGUAUCCGAAGGCUUUUGGAGUCAGGGUCACUCCGAGGAGUCAUAAGCAUGCAGAGAUGAUCGAGCAGGUCGUUAGAAGAUAUCCGUGGCAGAAGAGUGAUGCUGGAUACCUCUCCAAAGCCUUGAUCUUCUAG